GGCCAUUCCACACGACGAACGAUGCCAUCAAAUAUUAACACCCAAAAGGGUACGGCUUAGACACACUUAUGAUUAUGGAUUUAUUCUUAUACCUCCCACCAGCCUGCCCCCAUCCGUUUCUCGCGCCACCAUCCGUGCCAUUGAUAUACGACCUGCGCUAUUUCCCCACUUCUCUCCGUUUUCCACCUUCAUCUCCAUUUGCGGGCUGCGGGUACGAAUUCCUCCGCGUCCCACUUACGCCAGAGCGGCCUAGGCAAAUAUGGCUUAUCAGCCCAGAUUUUCCCUGGGCGUUUGACAUCGGCCCAAGUGCCGGAGAAGAGUUUGUGACGUGUCUUGACGUUCUCUCUACUCUGCACGCUGAAUUGCAGCGCCCACUUACAGACAUGGAGUGGGGCACUGCUGGAAUUGAAAAACGUGCGAGUCUGAUCAGGGCACACGACCGUCGUCUAUGGAUACAGCUUGCGUUACACGGGAGCUCAAAUUCUGCGGCGCGCACUAGACCCACAGUGAGCUUUCAGAGGCCUGUGCAGCGAGAGCCGCUGCUUCUCCGUGUCGACUGGCUUGGAUCCAGUGUUGCAUUCAUGGGGCUUGUCAAAAAUGAGGCUUUUACGAGAAGGAGAUUCGUUCCGGGCGGUGGGAAGCACCCUGAGACGUGGGUAGUGAAGUUCCAAAAAUUAUGACUCUGAAUUUAGUCUGGAGAAAAUGUACAUAUAUAUUACUAUUGCUUAUCUCUACUGAGAUUGUGAACAUUGCGAAAUAAUGU